CGUAAGCACCGCGUUCCAAUUAUCUGGUUCAGCGGCCGCGUGGGGCGGACAGAAGAAAAAAAGGAAUUUGCUCAAUACUGCGGCAGAGAGGCGGUGUUCCGAUCGAUUGAGAUUUCCUCAAUUAGUAUAACAGUAAUCGCGCGCGGAUCCGCGUCUGUGCUCGGUUCCCGGGAAACUCGUAACCGACCGACGCAGGCCUUUGCGUCGACGACGACGACGACAACGAGAACGACAACGACGACGACACCACUGCGGCUCCCGUAAUUUUCCGAAGGAGAAGCGAGUUGUUUGGAUUAUAGCCUUCUGGUUCCGCGGCGAAAGUUGUGUCAUCUGUAUGUAGAUCCGGCUGCAAUCGAUGUCCCAAUCCGAUGAAAAUGCUCGCCGAAAUAUCUCCCGCACGACCCAAUAAUAUUCUACGAAAAUUCAUGACCCGCGCCCGCUUGCGAAUUCCGAGCACGGCUUCCCCGCAGAAAGACAAAAUGGUGCGGAACAACGGGUCGCAGCAAUCGCUGAAGGCGAUGACGAUCGGCGAUCCAGAGGCCUUCGUUCCCUCGACGGUGAAGACCCCAAGGUCGACCUUGGCGCAGAAGCUCUUGACGACGAUCGACUGCGUGAAUCACCUGCUGAUCGGCUUCCUGACCGCCCUGACCCUGUACUACUCGGCUCGAACCUUGGGCACCCUGGACGUGCAUAUAACUUUAUGCACCCUCGGGUACAUCCUGCUGAUGUCCGAGGGCAUUAUCUGGCUGGCUGGCGAGGACGUCAUCACGGGAUCAAUCUCUCGACAAACCAGGAAACACGUGCACUGGAUCCUGCAGGUCCUGGGCCUCGUCUGCGUCAUCGCCGGAGUCGCGGUCAUGUACAAUGUGAAGAAAUUCCACUUCAGGUCGAAUCACGGGAUACUAGGCAUCUCCUCCCUCGUGAUCAUGCUGUUCCUGGCUAUCUGGGGUUACCCGGUCCUCAUCGCGGCCAGACUCCGGAAGCUGGUCAAGCCGGUGAUCAUCAAGUUCGCCCACAAUAUGCUCGGCAUCGUCUGCCUCGUCCUCGGCAUGGCCGCGCAGAUCCUCGGCUUCCAAAUGAAGUGGCUGCCAGAGGAUAUUCCACACGCACGGUUGCUCGCCGUCAUUCUCACGGCCAUCGUCACCAUCCUCACCGUCAGGAGCGCGUUGCCUAAGCUCUGCUCGCAGUUCUCCACCAUCUUGUCCAAGCGGCAGUGAAGCGCCGGCGUUCCUGUUGAUUUCUUUGUCGCGGCUGAUCGGAGAACUUCGUUUGCUGCGAAGACUGUGAAUUAAGACUCGACUGCUUAAUAA